AUGCGCAGUUACUUGAAAUUUGUAACCCCACAUAAGAUCACACAGAGUUUAAUUGUACCGUCGGGGAUACCUGACGAGACUGCAAAUCUCGCGGAGCUUUGUCCUGUGCGCGCGUUGUUAUUGUCCAGUGUGUGGUGGAACGUCGAGCCAACGCAUUAUUCGAUGUUGGCGCGACAAAAUGAUACGACACCAGCGCAUUGUGCGGACGAUAGCUACGCGUUUGACCAGUACUUUUACCACGGGAGCUUCGGGUACUAUUCCUUCUACGAGGAACAAAUUGGAACCUACUGCGCAAAGGACAACACUGUGUACAUCUACGGCCACGGACUGGGUUCUUUUGAUACUAAUGGGGCUUUCCUAGCACAAGACAGAGGCAGUUCCGGCUAUCGACACUCGGUUUACUAUGGUCUUGUAGGCUCGAUAUGGGUCACGUAUCGCGCGCUUGUGUUACGACGAAGUUUAAUUUCCUGUAAACGUUAUGGUCGCAGAUGUGAUCAAGGGGGUGAAUAUCUUAGUAGAAAAGAGGCUGUGAUUUUUGUUCAAGAAAACUUGCGACUAUCCGCUCACGGAGCCACAAUUUACCACCGGUUCGCGUUGGUAUACUUGCUCGUUGAAGGCAUUAUGACGGAUUUGUUUCUUCUCAUUGCGAACGAAGGUCCUUUGGCGAAGAUCCAGUACGUCUCGUUGGGAUACAACUUGUCCGGGUUCCUCUUGCUGAUUUACGAGAUCGCUGAAACUAGCAGCUGUAUGCGUGAAAAAUACCGGUUAUUUUUCAAGCGACUGUGGUUCAGCUACGAGACAGCGUUUCUCGGAGAGCUACUGAGUGCAGCUCUGCAAGAGCAAAUGAUCACCGCGUUGAACCGAUCGAGUUUGCUCGAUAAAUCCAAGUCGACAGCUCUCGCAGUAUCCUACUACUUCUGGAGCUUGAUAGGUCAUGGCGUCUUUGUUCUUGCUCUUACAGGCUUCGUUUUGUCCGUCCGUACGCUUUGGGCCAUCGUGUAUACGUGGUCUAGACAUCCGCAUCAUAGUUGGGCGAUUUUCACCGAACCGUGUAGUGUCGACACCGUGUUGAAGCUACGGAACAAGAUGACUUCACUAGGAGGUUACCGCUACGACAAUGGCAAGUUGUACUACAGAGCAGAUGCGUUGAAAGCCUUUGGAUUGUUACAGUACGAGGAGGAAGAUGGUACGGCGUAUCUCGUCUUGCAGAAACAGUACUGGCUGGGGACGAAGAGGAACAAUUUAUUUGUGAUUGGAGCUAUCUCGGGACAGAGUGUAGAACCAUGCGAAGAGCGUAUCUGCACUGGUGACGUAACAUUCAUUGAUCGAAGACUGGGAGGGACAGUGGAUGAGUAUGGUAUUAAUAGUCGUCGUCCACUGUACAUUCAUGUUAGAAGAGAAACAGAUUCAAUACACGACUCCAAUUGA